UACACGUACGUGAUUCGUACCAGAGAUGUCACGAUACGCGCCUUUUUUCGACAGUAACGAUGUCCCAAUCUCUGGAAAGGGAUCUUUKUUUGGGCAAUACCUGGUAUGCCUGAUGAGCCAUCGACCACUCGUAUGCAAUGCUCUUCAUGCUCGUACCAAAGAUGACCCCAAUGGAAGCUUGUCACAAAAAGAGAUUUGAAUAACCUAGUSGCUGUGUAUAAUGAGUCCAAAGGAYGAAACAACAAUACCGGUUGUCAUAGUCGAAAGCCAUCAGCAUGUGUUGGAACAUGUCCACGAUGUCUUGCGAAAGAAGAAGUUAUUCGACCAACCCUGGUCGAUGGUCCAUUUCGAUGCUCAUCCCGACCUGGCGUGUACGAAGAGUGCACCCGCAAUCGCAUGCUUUGCUCCACGACAAUACUAUGGUAUGGGUAACAGGAACAACAAAGAACCCGGCGACAACGCCACUGGCAACGAUCUUGACGGAGAAGCCGACGGAGAGGAGGAAAGGAAUCUAUACGAACUGCUAGACUUAACACCCUCGGGCAUAGCGGAGUGGAUAAUGCCCUUGGUGCUGGCUGCAAACCUGAAUAGGAUUGAGUGGAUCAAACCAUUUUUUUCCAAGCAGAUUGCAGAGGGAUUUUACCGGUUCGAGGUGGGUGCCGAAUACCAACGCAACAACAAUGUUGAUGGCAAUGUCGACGACGGCGGCACCGGCGGCGRUGAUUCUUCUCAUCGAGACGAAAUCAAUAGUUUCUUGGAUCUUCCGAGGGAUGCGAAAUUAAAGGUCAAUUUUGAUCAUCCCUAUUAUCUUGAUGAUCUUUCGGUCGUUCCGUCUGAGGAUCUUGUUCUCAAACAAACACUCGAACUCAAAGUUUCCGAACUUCAGCGACGCCUACCGAUAGAGCAGCAAAAUGACACAUCGGUGUUUUGUGGCAGUGACAAAAGUGGAACGAGGAGCAGCACGAAUGGUUCUGCCACCAAGGAUGACCCACGACUCUGGAUUCUAGAUAUUUGUCUCGAUUAUUUUGCAUGCCAAAAUCCUUUCCUAUCCGAUCUAGAAACCAAAAACGAAUCGGCGACCCGCGCCUUUUUGGACGUGAUGGAGGGAUCAAUCUUUAAUCACUGCACAGACGAGGACAAAGACGGGAACAGCGUUGUGGAAAUAAGCAACAACCAGCCUGCAACCAACGCCAGCUUUGUUUACCAGACAGAACUUGUUUGCUUUUAUAAGCUCCUGAAAGAGCUGCUUUUGGACUUGUGUGGCCAGGAAUGUACGGAACGAAAAUAUCAGGAAAUAUCGCAUUCGAAGAGUGGCAAUAGUCUUGUGUUCGAUCAAAUCUCCAAAUACUUUGGUGGCAAAGAAAGAGCCAAAGUUUUGAUCGGAACACUCGUCGACGAAAUCAAUGCGAACGACGAUGGACGCGACGAUGGACGCGACGAUGGACGCGACGAAACCCGGUUGCUGUCGAUGAUCGUCGACGCGAUACCGAAUUACGGCAUGCCCCACGAGCAAUACGGCGAAGCCAUUGCGGCCGAGAAGAUCGGGGAGUCCCUCUCUCUGGUGGAAGAACACAUUCAAAGACACGUGCAAGCAUCGCGCGAUCUCGAACGGAGACCCUUCCUUGUUACGAUCGCGCGGUCGACCCUCGACGGGUUUUGCCCCCCCGGCGUGGUCGAAGGCCUCCAGACGAGCGUCUUGGAAUYGCUUCACAGACAAAUCUGUGGAUCAAAAUGCGAAUCUUUUUCCGAAAGGAGUGGUGSAGCUUCGGAUUGCGAUCGCUGCCGAUUGCGACUCUUGCGCGAUUACGGGGAAUGGGAGGGUUCGACGCUGUAUUGAAACCCUGGGGUGUGCUAUGAAAUAUAUAAAAAUUGUGUUG